AUGACUAACCUGGGCAAACGUGUCCUGUCACGGGUCACCUGCAGAGAAGUCGACAAGGUGGAUUCCAGCCAGGCUGUUGUGGCCACCUCUGGCGCCUUCCAGAACUUGAGUUCCUAUAUCAACGGGACAUUUGCAAACUUCAGCAACGCCUUCCAGGGCUCGAGCGAAUACAUCUCCGAGACACUAGGCGUCCCACCCACCGUCGUCUACAGCAGUGUCGCCGCCGUGCUAGCAACCAUGUCCGGCUACUACUAUACUCGACCCAGCCUGUCGCCAUACAGCUCAAUGGCAGGCGGCGCCCCCAACGUCACCGAAGACGACUACAGUUAUGUGACCUCGCAAGACCUGGACGACCCCGCUCAUGAUGCACAACGAUACCGAUCGAAUUCGAACGCAUCGCCAGAUCCCGAAGAUGAUGUGCUCCUCAUCAAGAACAGGGGCGUCACAUAUCCUGCUCACUUCCCCGCCUAUACCAUUGGAGAUGGCAAAUUGCAGGUCAAGGAUGUGAAGAAUCGAGUCGGUCUUGUCAUGGAUUUGGGAGAUAGGACAUUGAAGCGGGUCAAGCUGCUUUAUAAAGGCCGCGAGCUCAAGGACUCUUCCGCACCUGUUCGGGAAUACGGCGUCAAGAACAAGAGCGAAAUCAUGGCGGUUGUGCCUGAGGGCUUCGAAAGCAGUGCAUCCGACGAAGAGAUGGUGGUCGUCGGUGAACCUGAUGGAAAGAAGACGAAGGGACGCCGAAAGAAGCGAUCCAAGAAGAAGGCAGAGAAGGCAGCCAAUGCAUUGGACGGCGAGUCGGCCAGCAGCCCCCGCGACAGCAACUCGACGUUUGGUUCUCCCCGUUCGCCCCCUGCCGGCGGUCCGGGCACCGAAUCAUUGAGGAAAUUGGACGAGCUUGCCACUGAGUUCAGGACAAAGUGGUUGCCACUGUGCGUGCAAUACACAGCAUCGACACCCAAAGACGCGAAAAAGCGCGAGGAGGAACACCGCAGGAUAUCUGAGUCUGUGCUGCAGCAUAUCUUACUAAAGCUAGAUGGAGUCGAGACGGAUGGCAUUGACGAGGUGAGGACGCGCCGCAAGGCGCUCGUCAGGGAAGUUCAAGAGGUGUUGAAGGGAAUUGAUGCAGCCAAGGCAUCCGCAUCGUAAUGGCGUAAUUGUACAACAGCACAUUUUUUUCGAGCGACCAUUUGGAUCAUGAUGUUUACGACGAGUACACAGAUAGACAGAAAGAAUGAACUGGCGCUUGGCAGCGACGGUCCCAGAGUCUUGUCAGGAUAACAGCGCGCGCCAGGCAUUGAGGCAUGCUGAUGUUGCUCACGUGGCGUUCUGUUCACGUGCUGGCUUGCGUCUACAGGUCGUGGCGUUGAACCGGCAGAACUGCGGGACAUCUAGGUUUUGCAGCCCUAAGCAUUUCGAGUGGCUGCCCACCGCGCAAACCACGCGUUGCCUCAGUUGGGCUAGCCCCACAUC